UCUCGUUCAAUGUCUCGCGAUGGUUGGUUAGCGGCUGCGUUGUUCGGGCGAGCCGACGACGAGACCGUUGGUGUCUGGAAAAUUGUCUCGUGGGUUCAACACAAACACUCGUCCUUCUGCUGAUUUAGUCCGUAAGGGAUUAGAAAAAUUUCACGUCCUGAAGCGCGUUGCGGUUGACUGCCUGAAUUUUGCCCAAGAAUGGCCGCCACUGAGGUGAAUGGCAGUUCUGCUCCAGCAAAGGAGGAAGAGGAACCCAUGGAUGUGACAACAACACAUACAGAAAAUUAUCAAACUCUCCUUGAUGCUGGGCUUCCUCAGAAAGUGGCUGAAAGUCUAGAUAACAUCUUCCAGACAGGGUUGGUGGCAUAUGCUGACCUGGAUGAAAGGGCUAUUGAUGCUCUGCGAGAGUUCAAUGAAGAAGGAGCACUUACUGUCCUGCAGCAAUUUAAAGAAAGUGACUUAUCCCAUGUUCAGAAUAAAAGUGCUUUCCUUUGUGGAGUCAUGAAGACAUACAGGCAGCGAGAAAAACAAGGAAGCAAGGUCCAGGAGUCGACUAAAGGUCCAGAUGAAGCAAAAAUUAAGGCUCUGUUGGAGCGGACAGGCUACACUCUGGAUGUGACGACAGGGCAGAGGAAGUAUGGCGGUCCUCCUCCUGAGAGCGUGUUCACCGGCACGCAGCCAGGGAUCGGAACUGAGGUGUUUGUUGGAAAGAUCCCCAGGGAUUUAUAUGAAGAUGAGCUUGUGCCACUGUUUGAGUCUGCUGGUCCCAUCUGGGACCUGAGGUUAAUGAUGGACCCCCUAUCUGGUCAGAACAGGGGUUACGCUUUCAUCACUUACUGUAACAAAGAUGAUGCGCAAAAGGCCGUGAAGCUUUGUGAUAACCACGAAAUCCGCCCUGGGAAGUACUUGGGUGUGUGUAUAUCUGUUGCAAACAAUCGCCUGUUUGUUGGAUCGAUUCCAAAGAACAAGACAAGAGACAGUAUAUUAGAAGACUUUGGCAAAGUCACAGAGGGGCUACAAGAUGUGAUCUUGUAUCACCAGCCAGAUGACAAGAAGAAGAACCGGGGCUUUUGUUUCCUCGAGUACGAAGAUCACAAGUCUGCAGCUCAGGCGCGCCGCCGCCUAAUGAGUGGAAAGGUCAAAGUUUGGGGGAACCCGGUGACAGUGGAGUGGGCUGACCCUGUUGCUGAGCCUGACCCAGAAGUCAUGGCAAAAGUGAAAGUGCUCUUUGUGAGAAAACUGGCUACAUCUGUGACAGAGGAGCUUCUGGAGAAAACCUUCUCUCAGUUCGGGAAACUAGAACGAGUGAAAAAGCUGAAGGAUUACGCUUUUGUCCAUUUUGAAGAUAGGGAUGCUGCUGUAAAGGCUAUGGAGGAAAUGAAUGGUAAAGAGCUUGGAGGGGAAGAAAUCGAGAUCGUCCUGGCGAAGCCCCCAGAUAAGAAGAGAAAAGAGCGCCAAGCAGCCCGACAGACCACCAGGGGUGGCGGGUAUGAUGACUACUACUACUACCCCCCUCCUCGCAUGCCACCACCGGGCCGAGGAAGGGGCCGUGGUGGCCGAGGGGGCUAUGCUUAUCCCCCUGAUUACUAUGGCUAUGAGGACUACUAUGACGACUAUUAUGGCUAUGACUAUCAUGACUACCGUGGUGGCUAUGAAGACCCUUACUACGGCUAUGAAGACAUGUACAGCAUGAGGAGCCGUGGUACUCGCCCCACCAGGGGUGGGCCUCCACCUCCAAGAGCCCGUGGCGCUCCUCCGACACGAGGCCGGGGCGGCUUUGCCCAGAGAGGGCCACCCCUUGGUGGCCCGCGCGGCGCUCGAGGAGGACGGGGAGUCCCCUUCCAGCCUCAGAGGGGCCGUGGUCCUCGCGGUGCCAGAGGCAAUCGCGGGGGCAACGUCGGCGGAAAGAGGAAGGCCGACGUAUUUAACCAGCCUGACUCCAAGCGCCGUCAGACCAACAACCAACAGAACUGGGGGUCCCAGCCCAUCGCCCAGCAGCCCCUGCAGCAAGGGGCCGACUAUUCCGGUAACUAUGGUUACAGUAAUGACACCAUGGAGUUUUCACAGGAUUCUUAUGGGCAACAGUGGAAGUAGAUGCACCUAAAGGUAUUUGGCAACAACAAAAAAAAAGAGGAAAACUACAAAAGAAAAAAAAAAAGGAGAUUGGCCACAAUUUUUUGAUUGACUUUUUAUUCUUCUUAUUCUUCAUCCCUCAUGAAAAAAAAAAAUCUGUAUAUACAUAUAUCUCAGAAAAAUGGACAGACUGCAGAAUUGGCUCAAGACGAUUGGCUGGAAAUCCUUUUGGCUGAAGAAAUGAACGUAACCGUUGUGGUCAUUUCUUACUCCUGCGGUUACAUUGGGACACAUCUUUAAAAAUAAGUACAAUUUUAUUGGAAAUUUUUGUUCCUGUUCCUUUUAAAGCCAACAAAGAACACUGACAAAAAAGCGGACGUUCAUUCUCAAAAAUUUGGUUGGACAUUAAAUACAACACAUGGCCUUGCAGGAAGUUUCUUGUCCAUGCUCCCAUUUCCCUUCCCCUUCUUGUACUCCUUUUAAUUUGUGGUUUAUUAUAGUAGUUUAGGAUCAUGCUUGUAAAUAAAUGCAUAUGGUUAGAGCUUCGUAUUCAUUUCUUUUGCAGUGGUGGAGAAAAGAAUCCACCAAAGGAAAAAAAGAAUAAAAGUUUUGUAAUGUCCAAAGUGUACGCCUAGCAUUUCUAGAGAUAGAUAAAUUGUGUUUUCUUUCUUUUUUUAAACUGAUAACAUAACUUCCAUGUUUUCUUUCAACUUGCCCCGUAGGAAUUGGUUUGGCUUACCUUAAGAGCCAUAGCAGUUUGUUCUCUGAUGUUAUUUGUAUUUAUAACUUUUACGUUUGUUCCGUUUCAAUAAAACCCAGAUGAGCAUCAGUCCAUUGUCAGAACCUCA